AAUUCUGAUUGGUCAACAGGUGUGGAAUGAUUUCAUCUUUUCAACUGAAAAGAACACCGUUUAUACGUCUGUGUAAGUUUUUACGACGGAUCGUUUAGUCCGUCAGAUCGAAAUGUGAAAGAAAAGGUUUUUUCAAGUUUAACAAAAAGUGCUGUAUCUUUUAGCCACUGAGUGAAUAGGUGGGUUCGAUGACUUUAACAACCUGCUUAUAAGCUCUACAUUAACAGAUAAGGAAGUGAUAAUAGUGGACUACAUAAGGUUUCCAGAGAAACCAGACUUUCAGAAGCUGCAGGAGGUGAAAUAUGAUCUGUGUGUGUACAGUAUGUACUGUAUAGUAAGUUCGAGGUAAAAAGGAUCAUAUGUAAGGCUAUUGUUAAGGUUAAAUAAACGAUGGAGUCUUCCACCAUGUGGUAAACACAAUGCUUUUAAUGACUUUCUCCGUUUUAUUCCUUUGAGUUAAGGGAAAUGACCCGUAGAGUUAAGAAGCACGAUCAGGUCUCGAAUGUUUGCUUCACCUUUAGCAUUUUCAUAUCUGUUGUAUGUAAAGCAGCCUGUGCACCUGCUCCGCUUCCAUGCCUUUAGCACAAGGAAGUGACCCUUUACUGUUCUGCUCUGGCGUCUGAUUGGUUGCUGUGAGCUGUUUUGGGUGCAACCUGGAUCGCCUUUCACCUGUGCAACUGUUCCCACACCCAGUGUGUGUGUGUGUGUGUGUGUGUGUGGAGAUAAAAGCCUUGUCCUGCGUCUCCCUUGUCUGUCAUUAAAAAUGGCAGCCGCAGCUACUAUCUCGGUGGACGAGGACCACUUUUGUUGCCCUGUGUGUUUGGAGGUGUUGAAGGAUCCGGUGACUAUUCCCUGUGGCCAUAGUUACUGCAUGGAGUGUAUUAAAGGCUACUGGAAGAAAACCGAGCACAAGACGGGUUAUGCCUGCCCUCAGUGUCGUCAAGCCUUCAACACGAGACCUGCCCUGGCCAGGAACACAGUGCUGGCAGGUCUGGUGGAGAAGCUGAGGGAGAAACUGAGGGACGCCGAGAUCCAAGAAGCCCCUCAUGCUAAAACGGUUGAAGUGGAGUGUGACGAGUGUCAGGGGAGAAAACACAGAGCUGUGAAGUCAUGUGUGAAGUGUUUGGGCUCCUAUUGCGAGGUUCAUCUCAAACAGCACAAGACGCACAAACUAACGGACGUAACCAGACAACUGCACAAGAGAGUGUGUAAUCGGCACGGCCGGCUGUUCGAGCUUUACUGCCGCACAGAUCAGCAGCUCAUCUGCCCUCUCUGUGUGAAGGACGGACAUGGCGGACAUCACACCGUGUCAGCUGUCGAGGAGAGAACUGAAAAGCAGAUGCAGUUAGAGGAGGCCUUGAGAAAAUCGAGACAAAGGAGCAAGGAGAAAGAGAAGGAGCUAAGGAAUAUCAUGAAAUACCUCAAGCGCUCAGCACAGGCUGUGGAGGAAGACAGUGAGAAAAUCUGCACCAAGCUGCUGCGCUCUAUCGAGAGGAGACACAGCGAGGUGAAGGAGCUGCUCAGAACUGAAGAGAGAGCCGCUUUGGCUCAAGCUGAGGGACUGCUCGAGCUUCUGGACCAACAAAUAGAAGAUACCAGGAGGAAAGAAGCAGAGUUGGAGCUGCUAUCACACACUGACGAUCACAUCCACUUCCUGUUGAAGUACAAACCCCUUUUGGUUCCUGCUGACGCUGAGUUGCCUGGUGUUGACGUCCAUCCGUACUUCUCAUUGAUGGUCCUGAGAAGAGCCGUCACAGAUCUGAGAGAGCGAGUGAAUGACGUGUGUGACAAGGAGUUAGCCAGAAUCUCCGAAUUAAUUAAAGGUGAACAGACUCUAUCAGCUGAAAGCACUUCCCCUGUCACUGCAGAUCCUGAAAUAGUUUCUCCUGUGAAAAACGUAGACCAAGCACAAAGUGAGCCGAAGACCAGAGCCGACCUUUUACACUUCAGCGGUGAUGUGACACUGGAUCCAAACACUGCCAACUCCUACCUCUGCCUUUCCGAGGGGAACCGAAAGGUCAGCACCUGCUACGACUCGCAGUACUCUCCAGAACAUCUGGACAGAUUCAGCGGCUGGGCUCAGGUGCUGGCCAAGGAGGCCGUCUCAUCCCGCUGUUACUGGGAGGUGGAGUGGAGCGGCAGUGGUGGGAUUGGGAUCGGAGUUUCUUACAAAGGGAUUAUCAAGCAUGGUGGAAGCGCCAAUGGAAAACUGGGCUGCAAUUCCAAAUCGUGGAGUUUGAACAUUUCUGGUGGCCAUUGUACAUUUCAGCACAAUAAAACCAAGCUGGAGAUCUCAUCUCCUAUUUCAGGGAGGAUAGGAGUGUUUGUGGACCACAAGGCAGGAGUUCUAGCUUUCUACUGCAUUUCGCCGAGAAGGGACACUAUGACUUUACUGCACAGGACACACACAUCGUUCUCCCAUCCACUUUACCCCGGGUUUUGGCUUGGCCUUGGUUCCACACUCAAACUGUGCCCCAUCCUUAAAUUCUCAGGUUAGGGAAGGAGAACCGUACAAACUGGCUUAUCUUUACUGUUUAGAACCAAAUUUGGCAGGUCGUACUCAUGGACUAACUUACAGACUAGAACACAAAGACGUGAAUGAAAGUUUUAGUGAAUGUUAACAUGACAUCUAUUUCAAACUUGGCAACUUGAAUUUUUCAGGAUCUGGCAGCACGUUUCCCAUGUAGCCUUAAUGAUAUACCACGAGUCUGCUUGACUCAUCACUAAUAAACAAUUUCAAAUAACCUGCAUGACUGAGAAGCAUCAUGAAAUUUACACCCUGGAACUCGAUGUCGCACAACGUGAGAUGUUAGAAAAAUAAAAUAAGCAAAACUCUACAUGUAAGGCUUUGUAACAGUUUAUUGGUAUCUGUGUGAUCGAGAAGCAGCAGGCAGCCCAUUGAAAAUGAGGUGGUGGUUGUCGAGCAAACGCUCAGAUCUUGUUAAAAGCAGCAACAUCAACACUCUGGACCUGCGCACAAAAAAUAUAUAUGAAAAAUGUAAGAAUUCAAGGUUGGUUGAAUAAAACUUAUCAUCUGUAAA